AUUCUGUCACACACAUCUUUCACACCUCUCAGUCCUUCUCAAGAGGAAGUAUAGAUGGGUAGAGAGGAGAGGUGGGUGGAGGGAUGGACAGGCUACAAGUCACUAGAGUUUAGAGAGUUAGUGAUCGACACGUUGAGAUGGAACACACCUGUCUUCUACACUUGCUGUUGAGUACUCUGGUAUACUGUAGCCUCGGACAAGGUGGAGAUCUCUCUCCUCCAGCGUCUCUUAGCAUCAGUCCUGACAGAUCUCAGUUCUUUAAAUAUGAGUCUGUCUCUCUGAGCUGUGAGGUUCAGGGGAACUCUACUGGAUGGAGAGUGGUGAGGAACACAUCGAGAGGAAUCCUUUCAGAGUGUAAUACCGACUGGGGAAAACCACAAGGUUCUUCAUGCAUCGUGUCACUAAUACCAUCACACAGUGGAGUGUACUGGUGUGAGUCUGGGUCUGGAGAACACAGCAAUGCUGUCAUCAUAUCAGUUCUCUCUAAUCAAGCGUCUCUGAUUGUCAGUCCUGACACAUCUCAGUUCUUUAAAUAUGAGUCUGUCUCUCUAAGCUGUGAGGUUCUUGGGAAUUCUGCUGGAUGGAGACUGAAGAGAUACACAGUCUCUGGGGAGCGUUCAGAUUGUGGAGGAAACUGGGGAAAACCACAAGGUUCUUCAUGCAUCGUGUCACUAAUACCAUCACACAGUGGAGUGUACUGGUGUGAGUCUGGGUCUGGAGAACACAGCAAUGCUGUCAACAUCACAGUACAUGCUGGUGCUGUGAUCCUGGAGAGCCCUGCCCUUCCUGUGACUGAGGGAGAUUCUGUGACUCUGCGCUGCAGAUAUCAGGGAACUCCCUCUGACCUCACAGCUGUUUUCUACAAAGAUGGAUCCCUCAUCAGGGCUGUGACUACAGGAGAGAUGACCAUCCCUGCAGUAUCCAAGUCAGAUGAAGGACUCUACAAGUGUACCAACUCUGAAGGAGAAUCACCAGAGAGCUUGAUGACUGUGACAGGGGCUCUACCCCAUCCUCCUCCCCUCCCUCCUCCUCUCCUCCCUCCUCCUCCCCCCCCCCCCUCUCUCCUCCUCUCUCUGUCUGUCUCUGGGUUGGUGGCUGCUCUCUCCAUCUCUCUGAUCAUUCUACUGGUCCUGUUCUGCAAGAGGAACAAAGAUGUAGCAGCUGAACCCAGAGAUGUUACGUAUGCUGACGUUAGAAUCAUACAGGACCCAGAACCCAGGAGAAGGAGAGAGAAGUCUCCAGGAGCUGAUGCAGUCUACUCUGCAGUGAAGACCUCCAACACCACAGGUGGAUCUGGUCCAGGUGAUGUGACCUAUGCUGACAUCAACCACACAGAGAAGAGACAACACAACAGGAGGAGAGAGAACGUUGUUCCAGACCCUGUCUACUCAGCAGUGAAGACAGACAGACAGAGAUACAGGUAGAGCUGUAUCUGGAUACAGGGACGUAACGUACAGACUGAGUGACCCUGUUCAUCAGAACGUCAUGGUGGAUAGAAAAAGAUACUUUCUUCAGCAGCGGUGAAUAACCACAACCCUGUCAGUCCAUCUCUUUACUUCUCCUUUCUCUUAUCUUCUCUCUUAAUCCUCCCCUUUUCUCACCAACGGACUUAUCUUUAGACUCUGCAGCGUUGACCUCCAUCAACAGCAUCAGCAACAGAGAGGUGUGAAGUUUACACAACACAGUUAGUCAGUUUAUCAUGUACUUCUCUUUAGACGCUGCAGCCUUGACCUCCAUCAACAGAGUUAGAGUUAGUUUAUCAUGAGAACAUACAUAAACCACUAACUGGAACAAUCAACAACAAGAGUUAGUUUAUCAUGAGAACAUACAGACACCACUGACUGGAACCAGCUGACAGUAUCAGUUGUAAAGGUUCAUUACUACUAGGAAGGAAAGUUGUAGUGUUUUGUCCAUGAUGAAUGAUGUAAAGGCUUCAAUGUGUUUUAUAUUGUAAUUGUUUAUGUCCAAUUGGAUAUUUCUGUAAUGUAAUUGUGUGUUUUUAUCUUGAGCAACACCAGUGUAUGGUUGCCAACAUACCGAAUAAAGCUUCCUGGACCUCGUGGUUAUA